AUGGGAAGAAGAAGCAGCAGCAGCAGCUUUCGGCGGAGCGGAAUCCUCCUGAUCUGCGCAAUCCUGGCGGCGCACCUCGCCAUAUCCACAUCGAAGGCCAUCGACUUCCUCCCGGCCCUCAACUCCCCCGGCGCCGGAUGCAACGGAUCCAUCGCCGAGUGUAUGGCGGCGGGCAGUGUUGGAGACGACAACGGCGACGGCGAGGAGUUCGCGAUGGAGUCGGAGUCAGAAAAGAAAAAUAAAAUACAAAAAAAGGGGUCAAUUAAGUUGCUGGGUCGGGUAUGUGGCUGA